CAGGCCGCGCUCUAGGGGCGGGACUCAGAGCGGUUUGAAAGGUCGGCGCGCACUGCAAGAGCGGCGGUCGGCCUUGCUGCUGAGAUGUCGGUGUUGAGGCCACUGGAUAAGCUGCCCAGCCUGAACACGGCCACCAUUUUGCUGGUGGGCAUAGAGGAUGCUCUUCUGCAGCAGCUGGCUGACUCGAUGCUCAAGGAGGACUGCGCCUCCGAGCUGAAGGUCCACUUGGCAAAGUCCCUCCCUUUGCCCUCCAGUGUGAAUCGGCCCCGAAUUGACCUGAUCGUGUUUGUGAUUAAUCUUCACAGCAAAUACAGCCUCCAGAACACAGAGGAGUCCCUGCGCCAUGUGGAUGCCAGCUUCUUCUUGGGGAAGGUGUGUUUUCUCGCCACAGGCGCUGGGCGGGAGAGCCACUGCAGCAUUCACCGGCACACCGUGGUGAAACUGGCCCACACCUACCAAAGCCCCCUGCUCUACUGUGACCUGGAGGCUGGAGUGCAGUGGUGUGGUCAUGGCUCACUCAAACUCCUGGGCUCAAGUGAAUCUCCCACCUCUGCCUACUGAGUAGCUAGGACUACAAGCAUGCACCACCACACCUAGCUAAGUAUUUAUUUAUUUACUUUUUAAUGUACAGAUAAGGUCUUGCUGUGUUCCCCACACGUCUCAAAUUCCUGGCCUCAAGUGAUCCUCCCACUUUAGCCUCCCAAAGUGUUGGGAUUACAGGCGUGAGCCACUGUGCCUGGUCUUUAGCCACUUUUUAUGCAGGAUAAAUCCUGAUGACUUUUUGCUAAAGAGGCAUCAGCAGGAGUUGACAUGUUCCCCACCACCCCCAGGGGUCUACUGAGGGGUCUCAGGGCCUACGCUGCCCCACCUAUGCACCAGGCCUGCUCCAUUCCUUUGGAAACCUAUUUAUUGGUUUUGAGAUGUAUAUUGAAGAGUUAGUUCGUUUUCUCAUCUCUAAAAGGGAAUCACAAUCUUUGCUCCAUAGUUCAGGUGCUGGUGGGGGACAGUGGUGCCUGCUUGCCUUGUGACAAGUGGUGCAAUUCUGUCUGUGGUCACGAGGUGGCGGGCCAGGCCAGGUCCUGGGUUCUCUCAUGGCCUAGGCAGGAAGCAGGAGGCCCCAGCCUGGUUCCAGCCAGCAGCAGGAGCUGCAGAAAUGCCUGCUCGGAACAUAUACCUGCCUCCCUCAGGUGAAGGGCCCAGGGUUUGAACUGGCCUCGCUCUUCAUGCUGGUGUUUUCCUCUUCGAACUCUCCUGCAUUAUUGAGUUUGAGCGCUACCAUAUAUCUUGGGGCCUUUGUGUAGCAGGAAUUAUCGGCCCUGUUUCAUUGAUGAGGAAACACAGGAAGGUGUGUGAUUGGCUCAGUGAAAUAAUUUCCUAGGUCUGCUGGUAGGGCUCUAUGCUGGACCCUGGGAACACAAAUGAGUCAGAUGUGGGCCCUGCCCUCUCAGAAUCUCAUGAAAUAAACAGACAUGUAACAUACGCAGCUGCAGAAGGAGCUUUGGGAGCCUAGUGGUGGAAUUAGGUCAUUUCUUCCUGGAUGUCAUGGGCAAAGUCAUGAUUGUAAUCAGACCUGGGAUUUUGGGUCACGUCUCUGGAGUGACGUGGAUUGGAGGAGGCCUGGCCGGAGGCAGGAGGCUGGGUCGAGGCUGCUGCAGGAGGCAGGUUGUAGAACCUGAGCCUCAGCAGCUUAGAGAUAGAUUUCAGGGACAAAGGCCACCAAACUUAGAGUGAAUUUAUUCAAAAAAUACUUCCUGAGUUUCUAUAAUGCCAAGCACUGUUCUAGGUUCCAGGGACACAGCACAGAAGAAAACAGUCUAAAAAAAAAAAAAAUCCAGCUUAUUGCUGGGUGCAGUGGCUCAUGCCUGUAAUCCCAGCACUUUGGGAGGCUGAGGCAGAUGCAAAAUGAGAUCAGGAGUUUGAGACCAGCCUGGCCAACAUGGUGAAACCCACCUCUACUGAAAAUACAAAAAUUAGCAGGGCAUGGUGGCUGGUGCCUGUAAUCUCAGCUACUCAUAACACUGAGGCAGGAUAAUUGUUUCAACCUGGGAGGCAGAGGUUGCAGUGAGCCAAGAUUGUGCCACCGAACUCCAGCCUAGGGGACAGAGCAAGACUCCAUCUUGGGAGGAAAGAAAAACCCAGUUUCCUGCUGGGCGUGGUGGCUCACGCCUAUAAUCCCAGGGAGGCUGAAGUGGGAGGAUCACCUGAGAUCAGGAGUUUGAGACUAGCUUGGCCAACAUGGUGAAACUCGGUCUCUACUAAAAAUACAAAAGUUAGUCAGGCAUGGUGGCACAUGCCUGUAAUCCCAGCUACUCUGGAGGCUAAGGCUAAACCCGGGAGGCGGAGGUUGCAGUAAGCCAAUAUUGUGCCACUGCACUCCAGCCUGGGCAACAGAGUAAGACUGUGUCUCAAGAAAAUAAAAAGUCCCAGCUUCGUUCUAGUCAAGGAAACAAACAGGGUAAAUGAUGUACUGGGAAGUGGAGGCGUGGCAUGUCAGGUGGUGGUAAACAGGCAAGAGUUAGGCAGGGUGACCAGGAAGCACCCCUGCAAACAGGACUUUUAAAUAAAUAAAGACCUGAAGGAAGUAGGAGGGCAGGCCACGGAGAUACCCAGUGGCAGGAGGAACAGCAGGUGCAGGGCCAUGUGUGGAACUUGCCUCGUGUGCUCAAGGUCCUGAAGGGAGGCCUGGGUGGCUAGAGCACAGCAGCAAAGGACGGGUGGGGGAAGAAUCAGGAACAGUGGGGCUGGAUCAGUAGGGUCUGGUGGAGAGCUCCUGGAGGGCUCGGGGCCAGGGAGGGAUGUGGCUUGCCUUGGGUUUUUUUCCUCCAGAUGGAGUCUUGCUCUGUCGCCAGGCUGGAGUGCAGUGGCUCAAUCUUGGCUCACUGCAACCUCCACCUCCCAGGUUCAAGUGAUUCUCCUGCCUCAGCCUCCCAAGUAGCUGGGACUACAGGUGUGUGCCACCAUGCCUGGCUAAUUUUUGUUUUAUUUUAUUUUGUGACAGAGUCUCGCUCUGUUGCCAGGCCGGAACACAGUGGUGCGACCUUAGCUUACUGAAACCUGCACUUCCUGGAUUCAAGUGAUUCUCCCGCCUCAGCCUCCCGAGUAGCUGGGACUACAGGCGCGUUCCACCACACCUGGCUAAUUUUUUUGUAUUUUUAGUAGAGAUGGGGUUUCACCACGUUAGCCAGGAUGGUCUCUAUAUCCUGACCUUGUGAUCUGCCUGCCUUUGCCUCCCAAAGUGCUGGGAUUACAGGCAUGAGCCACCGCACCCGUCCAAUUUUUGUAUUUUUAGUAGAGAUGGGGUUUCACCAUGUUGGCCAGGAUGAUCUCAAUCUCUUGACCUCAUGAUCUGCCCACCUCAGCCUCCCAAAGUGCUGGGAUUACAAGCAUGAGCCACUGUGCCCAGUCCUGACUUGAGUUUUAAAUGGACCCCUCUGGCUGCUGGGAGGAGAGCAGACUGAAGGAAAAAAAUAGACAGGUCUGGAAGUUCUUUCUAGGGGAGUGAAGCGUGGACUCAGUGCUGGCCAGGGAAGGGGACAAUGGAAUGGUCUGUGUUUCCAGGAUGGAGCCAGCAGACCGCGCUGCGGCCAACCCAUGAGGCAUGAGAGAAAGAAGCGUCCUCCCUGACUUUGAAGGUUUCGGCACUUACUGGAAGGAUAGACUUGUCUUUGGCUGAGAUGGGGAAACCUGCGGGAGGAGCAGGUCUUGUGGGGCUUUGGGGGCUCUGUUUUGGGCAUGCUAAAAUUAAGGGGUCUCUUAGCCACCUGGGUGGACAAAUCAAGUAAGCAGCUGCAUACAUGUGUUAUAUUCACAGGGAAGAUCUGGAGGUGUACUUUGGGUGUUAAUAGCAACUAGGUGGUUUUAAAGCCACAGAACUGGAGGAGGUCACCUGAGGACUGAGUGAGGGAAAAGAGACUGAAGGACCAAGCUCUGGAGCCCCAGCGUAUAGAUGUUGGGAAAAGGCGAGGGAGCCCCCUGUGUGGGGGAGGAACCGUGGGUGAGCAUGGGGGCCUGGGAGCCAGGCAGAAAAAGCGUUUCAAGGAGGGAGUAAACAGCAGUGUUCGACUCUGCCAAUAGCACCAGUGUGGUGAGGACUGAGAAGCUGCCGCUGGGUCUCAUACCAAGGAGGUCAUGCCGCUGCCGCUGGGUCUCAUACCAAGUGGUCGGAGUAAGAGCAGGGUAGUUGAGGAUGCCUUGCUCUCUAGUGCUCCAGUUUCAGUGGGUGGUGACACCCCAGCCUGCCCCCAGCUAUAGCGGAAACAGAGGUGAGAUGCUCCUGUGGCUGCCUGUUGGCCAGGGGAAGACACUGAGCAGCAUCCUUUGUUCUUCAAAGGAACGUGUCCAGAGCAUCUGUGCUCGGGCCUUGGGCAGUCUUCUCCCUCUCUGGCCCCACAGCUCCCCUAAGGCCAUUCCUUUUUUUUUUUUUUUUUUUUCCUUAUUUUUUUAUUGCAUUUUAGGUUUUGGGGUACAUGUGCAGAGCAUGCAAUACAGUUGCAUAGGUACACACAUGGCAGUGUGUUCUGUUUGCUUUCACCCCUUCACCCACAUUUGGCGUUUCUCCCCAGGCUAUCCCUCCCCACCUCCCCCUCCCACUGGCCCUCCCCUUUUCCCCCCAAUAGACACCAGUGUUUAGUACUCCCCUCUCUGUGUCCAUGUUUUCUCAUUUUUCAUCACCCGCCUAUGAGUGAGAAUAUGCGGUGUUUCAUUUUCUGUUCUUGUGUCAGUUUGCUGAGAAUGAUGUUCUCCAGAUUCAUCCAUGUCCCUACAAACGACACGAACUCAUCAUUUCUGAUUGCUGCAUAAUAUUCCAUGGUGUAUAUGUGCCACAUUUUCCCAAUCCAGUCUAUCAUCAAUGGGCAUUUGGGUUGAUUCCAGGUCUUUGCUAUUGUAAACAGUGCUGCAAUAAACAUUCGUGUGCAUGUGUCCUUAUAGUAGAAUGAUUUAUAGUCCUUUGGGUAUAUACCCAGUAAUGGGAUUGCUGGGUCAAAUGGAAUUUCUAUUUCUAAGGCCUUGAGGAAUCACCACACUGUCUUCCACAAUGGUUGAACUAAUUUACACACCCACCAACAGUGUAAAAGUGUUCUUUUUUCUCCACAUCCUCUCCAGCAUCUGUUGUCUCCAGAUUUUUUAAUGAUCGCCAUUCUAACUGGCGUGAGAUGGUAUCUCAAUGUGGUUUUGAUUUGCAUCUCUCUGAUGACCAGUGACGAUGAGCAUUUUUUCAUAUGAUUGUUGGCCUCAUAUAUGUCUUCUUUCGUAAAGUGUCGGUUCAUAUCCUUUGCCCACUUUUGAAUGGGCUUGUUUUUUUCUUGUAAAUCUGUUUGAGUUCUUCGUAAAUUCUGGAUAUCAGCCCUUUUUCAGAUGGGUAAACUGCAAAAAUUUUUUCCCAUUCUGUUGGUUGCUGAUUCACUCUAGUGACUGUUUCUUUUGCCGUGCAGAAGCUGUGGAGUUUGAUUAGGUCCCAUUUGUCUAUUUUGGCUUGUGUUGCCAAUGCUUUUGGUGUUUUGUUCAUGAAGUCCUUGCCUACUCCUAUGUCCUGGAUAGUUUUGCCUAGAUUUCCUUCUAGGGUAAGGCCAUUCCUUUUUGAUGGCACCUUCUUAUCCAUGGUGAGGGCCACCUGCUGCCCCUCCCUCCUUCCCAUCCCUGUGAGUGUCUUAUGCUCCCUGGUCUUGAGCCUUUGGGGCCCCUGCUGCCCAGGCAUUGGUUGGAAGCAGCCCUGGUUCAGAGCUCAGCUCUGCAAUAAACAUUCACUGUGUGACCCUAGAAAGUACACUCGACUUAGCCAGCCUGAGCCUUCAUUUCCUCUUGAGCAGGAGGUUGGGCUCUGGAUGUCUCGGGAGGUGGUUUGAAGGAUUGGGGAAGCGGAAGCAGUUGGAAGCUACUCUGAGGUGUGGCAUGAAUGUGGGUGUGGCCAUGAUGGGCAGUGGUGCCCUGAGCUGCCCCUGAGUCUCUGCUCCCAGCCCUGCUCUGGGUAAGGGAGCAGGGCCAGCUGCUGAGUUCUGUCUCACCGCUGUUCUCUGCUCUCC